AUUACCAUCUUUCUCCAAUAUCCCCCUAAUCUCUUUCGUUUCUCCUUUGAUCACCUCGCGCUUUAAUAUUCCGUCAUUGUCAAUCACAUACUUUCUCUCUCCUCUCAAUUCUUCCUCUCUUCACAAUUCUUCAUAAGACAAAUCUUCGAAAUUUUCACAACUAUUCUAUCGAGAAAUUCAUCUCUUUUCACUUCAAUCCAUAAACCCUACCUCUAGGGUUUUAGCUUCAAUCUGAUUUCUACUCCGGAAUAUUUUGGUUCUUCUUCGCACAUGAGGUUAUACUGAGCUUCGAUUUCGUCAAUUCGGCAGCCAUGGUUGACGCCAUUGAUAAGAAGCUGAAGAAAGUUGCAGUCACUGAAGAAGACGUUUGCACUCUCUUGCAGAGGUAUUCAGCAACAACAGUGUUAGCGGUGCUGAGAGAAAUUGCGCAAUUUCCAAAAGUGAAGAUUGAUUGGCAGUUGUUAGUGAAGAAGACAAAGACGGGGAUUACGAGUCCUAGAGAGUAUCAAAUGUUAUGGCGUCAUUUGGCUUAUCGUCAACCCUUGAUUGAGAAUGUUGGUCCUGAGGAUCAACCUCUGGAUGAUGAUAGUGACUUGGAAUGUGAAUUGGAAGCUUGUCCCCCUGUAAUUAACGAAGCUGCUAUUGAGGCUUCUAACUGUGUAAAGGUGCUUGCUUCUGGAUCAGCCUACGAGUCUAGUUUUCCCAACAGCUCAAGUGUUGAGGGUGGGGUGCUUAAUGUUAAUUCACCAAAGGUUUCUUCAGAAAAUUUGCAAGUUCAUAAACAAUCUCAAGCUGCAGGGAUCUUUGGUGAAGGUUUGGAUGCAAAUGGUGCAACAAAUAAUCGGAAGAGAAGAAAACCAUGGUCAGAAGAAGAGGAUCUAGAACUGAUUACCGCUGUUCAAAAAUUUGGAGAGGGGAGUUGGGCAGCUAUCAUAAAAGGAGAUUUUAAGGGGAAUAGAAAUGCUACUCAGUUGGCUCAGAGGUGGAAUAUUAUUAGGAAGAAACAAGGGACUUCAAAUGUUAGAGGGGCCAAAACAGCUACCGCACAACUCACGGAGGCUCAGCUGGCUACUCGUCAUGCACUUGACAUGGCUUUUAAGGAUAAGUUAUCAACUGGUUGUGGCACUGUUGGCAAUGAAUCAGCUGGUACUGAGACAGCUAAAACAAGUGCCUCUAAAACAGACUUGCCAGUUACUAAUGCUGCUAUCCCACCAUCCCAACCUCAGCCCUCUCCAGUCACCUAUGCGACAUCAUCUGCAAAACCAGCACCAGUGGCUUCCACGCCAAAGCCUCGUCCUCAAAAAAAGGCAGCUCAAACUAGUGUCAGUUCAGAUCCUAUUCAAGCUGCUGCAGUAGCUGCAGGUGCCCGUAUUGCUAGUCCCUCAGAUGCGGCAUCUUUAUUCAAGGCUGUACAAUCAAAUAAUGCAGUGCGUUUUAGAGCAGGCAGUUCUUUGAUCAACACUUCUGCAGCAGGGAGUUCGAGCCCUCUGCCUCCCAAUGUACAUUUUAUUCGUACUGGGUUAGCUUCGUCACCAACUUCUGGGGCUUCCGAAGCCGCACCCUUUGCUGCAGAUCAACAAGCUAAGGGUAGUGCAAUAAGGCCCUCCGUUCCUCCAGCUACAGUCCCUCAGCUUCCAAAGGCAAGAACCACAUCUGUCAUAGCGACGGACCAAACUAAUGCUGACCAGCAGAUAGAAAUUAAGAUAUCUAAGGCAGUAAAUAUUCAAGUCUCAGAUACUAAACCAAUGACUAGAGUCCAAGUAGAUAGUGCUUCUCUUCCCCAACAUUUGCCAAAUGCACUGGUUGAUAAGAGUCGAGCAACACCUCUUGGUGCAGAUGUGAGUCCUGUUAAAGAAAUUGCUGAUGUUGGCAAUUCUGAAGGUGCAACGAACAGAGAUGUAGCUGCAAAUGAAAGUAAAUAUGGAGUUUCUUCAGCUGUGAAGGAAGCGCAUCAGAAUAUAUUAACUGUAAGUGUUGAUAGUGGAGCUGAAAAGACGGAGAUUUCAAGCGAACGAUUUGCUGGCGCUGAAAUAUCUGAACAAGCAAAUUUAUAGUGCCAUGGUCAGGUUAACAUCUUGUAAAUCUCCUCAACUGUUAUAUAAUUCGAUCUAAUGUGUCUCUGUCUAUUAAUUGUAGUCAAAGUUUGUUAGGCAACUGUUCUAUGUAAAUAUGACUGGAUGUGGAGUCGUACAAUUGUGUCCAUAUUUGCUUUAUCAUUCUCUAUGUGUAGCUCCUCCGUUUGAAUUAACAGUUACGUAUGGUUUUUUAAGAAUUCCGAAAUUAUCACA